CGCUGCGUAAGGCGCCAGGCCCUCUCCACAUCACUUUAUCCACCCCUAAAUCCAAGACGGACCCUCUGCGGGUCCUCACAACCGAUCUCAUCCAACGCAUUUUCUCCAUGCUCUCUUCGAAGGACUUAGCGAGCGCAUCGCGCGUUUGCGUAAAAUGGAACAAGAGCCAGAGCUUGAAUUAUUUAUGGUUCCGUCAUUACAGGAAGGAAGAAUUUGGUGACAAGUCCCUUCCGACAGGGAAGUGGACUAGAAGAGAGUCGAAGGAGAAUUGGCGUAAAACCUAUUUUCAGACACUCCGCCAUAGUGCCGAACUAGAUGGAAACACAUCACGCUAUGGUUAUGCAACUCCCCAGUAUUCCGGUUCUGGUCAUGCAACACCAAAGGAGAUGCGCGAGGAACGGUGGGCCCAAGAAAAUUCUGGGCCCAAUGGGACAGGACUGGGAAAGAUCGAGAUGAGGGAAAUGUACAAAAGCCUCGGUGGGCGGAUGGCCAAGAGUAAGAAUAGAGGCAGCGGCCGAGACAGGGGUGGAUGGGAAGGGGGCGGCGAUCCUUUGAAUUAAGAUCUGGUAGCUCGAUCAUGGACAGAUUGGAUGACAGCUUGUCUUACACUCUAGCAUCGUAUUUUCACUGAACAUCAAUGCCACUGCACUGUAUAGUCACUAGUGUAUGUUGUGGCCCCACACUGUAUGAGUGGAAUAUACGCAUUUUUCGUGG